UGCUGGCGGCGGCAGCAACAGCAACUGAAGAGGCAUCAGUGCUUGUGGCCAGGCCGCCACAAAGGCAAUGGAUCUGGCGGCAAUGCCAUGGGGCUAUCUGGGGUUCAGGAGAAAGUGUUUGCGGGGCAGUCAAAGAUCUAUCCCUACAUGAAUCCAAACAAGUGUUUUGGAAUGUGCUACCCUUUUCAGAAAGAGAACUCAAUUGUACAUUACGAGGUCAAAUGCCAGGGGAAACCAUUAUCUGGAAUCUUCAGGAAGCCAAAAGAGGAAAGACAUGCUGGAAGUAUGAUCCAAAGUUCUGUGAAGUCUGAUGAACAGAAGAUAGAAGAUACCAGUAGAGGUCCUGUGCCAUCGUUUCCAAACCAAAAAAAUGAAGCAGCAGAUCCCCCCGAAACUCCUCCACCAUCAUGUGAUACUAUCAAUACAGUGGCUGCCAAGCAGGCCCUGAAAAAACACCUCAAGGGCAAGCAACCCCUUCAGAAAAAAUCUCAAGGGAAAACACAGGAAAACAGAAAACUGACAGAUUUCCACCCAGUGCGAAGGAGCUCCAGGAAGAGCAAAGCUGAGCUACAGUCUGAAGAAAAGAAAAAAAUUGAUGAACUGAUUGAGAGUGGGAAGGAAGAAGGCUUGAAGGUUGAACUCAUUGAUGGAAAAGGCCGGGGUGUAAUUGCUAUGAAGCAGUUCUCCCAGGGAGACUUUGUGGUAGAAUACCAUGGGGACCUCCUUGAGAUCACCGAUGCCAAGAAGCGGGAGGCUCUGUAUGCUCAAGACCCUUCCAUAGGCUGCUACAUGUACUAUUUUCAGUAUCGGAGCAAAACUUACUGCGUGGAUGCCACUCGAGAAACUAAUCGCCUCGGAAGGCUGAUCAAUCAUAGUAGGUAUGGGAACUGCAAGACCAAACUUCAUGACAUUGAUAAUGUGCCUCACCUCAUCCUCAUCGCCUCCCGUGACAUUGCAGCUGGGGAAGAGAUCCUGUUCGACUAUGGUGACCGCAGCAAGGCCUCCAUUGAGGCUUAUCCUUGGCUGAAGCAUUAA